UCGCUCUCGGAAUGCCUUUCAAAGAAAAAUCCUGGCGGGAAAGAUUAGAUAGAAAUGGUCUGCUUACACUUAUCUGCCGACCGGUCUUUAUAAAUCAGUAUCAUAAAUUUUUUUAGUUGAAUUAUUAUUUAUAUGAUAGAAGUAAUCGUAGCUUGUCUUUUAAAAUUGAAGAAACCAAUAUGGCCGAAAAAUUAGAAGACUUGAAUUUACCUAACGCUGUAGUAACGAGGAUAGUGCGAGAAGCCUUACCCGAUGGUGUUACUGUAGCCAAAGAAGCUCGAGCUGCAGUAGCAAAAGCAGCUUCGAUAUUUAUUUUAUACUUAACAUCGUCCGCAAACAUAAUUGCUAAGAAAAGUAAUCGAAAAACUGUUAGUGGUCAAGAUGUUAUACAAGCUAUGGAGGACAUAGAAUUUGAUCAAUUUAUCGCGCCUUUACAAGAAGCAUUGGAGAACUUUAAGAAAAAUCAAAAGGAAAAGAAAGAUGCUUCAACAAAGAAAAAACAACAGAAGAAAGAUGAAGAUGACUCUGGAGAAAUACACGAAGAUGAGUGAAUUCGGCACAUAGGACAUUCUAUUAAAAUCAUAUCUGCGCAUUUUGCACAGCAGCACAAGUGUCCACAAGGCAAGAAAAUAAC